AUGGCAGGCCCUGUCGAUAAUACACUAAAUUUCACGGACGACGACCUCGUAGAGCGUGUCCCACGAAACGGUGAGGAACCCAUCGAGUUACUUCCGAUUACGCAAAUGGCUCGACCGAGAAAGCCAACCCUCUGCCAGGCAGACUUCGAUUCCCCAGGAGGAGAUAUCAAAAUUCGUGUCUCGCGCAAGGAUGAUACCACAUUUGGAGGAAAGGUUUGCUCUCAGUCCAUGGGCCUUGGAGGACCUGUCUUCAAGACCAUGGUCUUUACACAUUCUGAGAAUGAGAAUGAGCCACCAAAAGUUGUCGAAGAGUUAGACUUCACCAAGGAUGAUGCUGCAACCUUGCUCAUUAUACUCAACAUCAUCCAUUUGAAGUUCCGAUCAGUCCCACGACGCGAGCUGUCAUACCGCAAGUUGUUGGCUAUGGCCCAGAUUUGUGAUAAGUAUAACUGCGUUCCCCUCGUUGAGCUUUUCCUCUUGGGCUGGCUUGAUGGUGAAGAUUACGAGCCGAGUUAUGAUAAUCGAGAAAAUUGGCUCUAUAUUGCCUAUGUAUUCGGCCGAGACGAGACCUUUGCUACUCUUGCCAUCAACAUGGUCAAGAAUGCCACGGUCAGUGAAGAUUAAUUGCUUACCCGCACUUCCAAGCAGUUCGUUGACCCCAUGCCAGAAGGUAUCUUGGGUAAGUAUAGCUCUCGUAUUAUGUCAAUAUUACACUAAAACGCUAAUGUGAGUUCUAGAGAGCAUUAAGACGACCCGAGCUGCUGUCAUCCAGGCAUUGUUGGAUGUAUGGUACGAGUAUACGAAUUCAUAUAUGGAUAAAUAUACCACAAUUUGCAAGGAGGGAAACAAGAAAUGCGACGCAAUGGCAUGGGGCUCAAUUGUAUUCGCACUAAAAGGCCAGGGUCUCUGGCCCGAGAGAAAGGCAGGAGACAUCACAAUGAGCAUCAACGAGUUGGCCAGCAACUUGUUGAGUCUGCAGAUCAUUACUUUUGACAGAAAGGGCCACCGGAAAAUGUCUUAAGACCAACAUCAACGACAAGAUCGAGACAAUUUUGAAGGAGAUUCCAAGUCCAGUUCUCAACGUCCACGAAAAGCACAUGGAUGAGAUUUCCUCCUUGCUGGACGGUGAUACGGAUUCUGAGCCUGAAUAUGAGAAGCUUAGCGACUGCGAUUUUGAGUGCGAAUAA